UCCUGUCUCUCUCUAAACUCCCAUUUCUCUCUCUCCAGCGAAACUCGAACCAGAGAGGAGAGAAGAGAAGACCCCAAAAAGCCUCCUUGGUUUCUCUCGCUAACUGAUUUCAUUGUACGGAACUUGAGAGACUGCUCUCUAACUCUGAAACCCUAAUAUUCUGGUCCGACCCCAAAAAGCCUGCCUCUUCUCUCAUGCAUUUAUCUUCAACUCUGCUUUUUUAGCUCCUUUAAUGGUGGUUUCAACGCUGUGAGGAAAUUCAAAACUACGAGCUCCAACGUUUGACUUUAAAGUGGCCAUUCUCUCCUGUCGUCUGUUUUUCUUCGUAUCUGAUUCGAUGAAAUUCUAGAAAAAGGUGAGAGUCCAUUGUUUCUAGCCCCGUCAACGAAUUUGGAGAAUAUAUUUUGGGUCUUUGGCUACAGUUGAGAAUCGAUCAAGUGGCGUGAGGAAGUGGGGGUUGGAGAUAAAAGGGGUUAGGUUUUGGAAUAUGGUGGAGUCGCAACGGGAUUCGGACGGUGAGGUUUUGAAUUCGAGUCACAGCUCAAUGAGCAGUGAGAGUUGCAGCAGUUUGAGAUUGAGUUUCAGUCGGCUUUCGUUCGAGCACUCGCCGGAGAAUCUGACGCUGAAGCCGCAUCGCUCGUCGGACUCGGCGUACGAGGCCAUCCGCUCCGCCGCAUUUAGCCGGAAGUCCGGGCUCAGUUUCAGGGACUUCAAGCUGGUUCGCCGGAUCGGCUCCGGAGACAUCGGGACCGUGUACCUCUGCCGGUUGCGGAGCUCGUCGGACGAUGACGGGUGCUUCUACGCCAUGAAGGUGGUGGACAAGGAAACUUUGGCUAUGAAGAAGAAGAUUCAGAGGGCGGAGAUGGAGAAGAGGAUCCUGAAGAUGCUGGACCACCCUUUCUUGCCCACGCUGUACGCCGAAUUUGAAGCUUCCCAUUUCUCAGGUAUCGUCAUGGAGUACUGUUCUGGUGGCGACCUGCACUCCCUCAAACACAAACAGCCUCAGAAGCGCUUUUCUCUCAGCUCUGCAAGGUUUUACGCUGCCGAGGUUCUUGUAGCCCUGGAGUACCUCCACAUGUUAGGCAUCAUCUACAGAGACCUAAAGCCUGAGAACGUAUUGGUCAGAUCCGACGGUCACAUCAUGCUCUCCGACUUUGACCUCUCCCUCUGCUCCAAUGCGAUCCCAGCCGUCGAAUCUCCUGAUUUUUCCCCAGAUUCCCCAUCCCCCGCGUCUCCACCCAACUGCCGUACACCCUCCCCUUUCUCCUGCCUCUUCCGGUCCAGGAAGGUCCAAACCCUCUCCAUCAACCGGCUCUUCGUGGCCGAACCGGUCUCCGCCAAGUCCUGCUCCUUCGUUGGGACCCACGAGUACGUGUCACCGGAGGUGGCAUCCGGGAGGUCCCACGGCAACGGCGUGGACUGGUGGGCCCUGGGCAUCUUCAUCUACGAGAUGGUGUACGGGGCCACCCCGUUCGCGGGCGCAACCAACGAGGCUACGCUGCGAAACAUAGUGAAAAAGCCUCUGAGCUUCCCAACAGAGACGCCGGCGAGUGUGAGUGAGAUGCACGCGCGGGACCUAAUGUCGGGACUAUUGGUCAAAGACCCGGCGAGUCGGCUCGGGUCAAAACGAGGCGCCGCUGACGUCAAGACCCACCCCUUCUUUAAAGGCCUCAACUUCGCUCUCGUACGUUCUCUUACACCGCCAGAGAUUCCGGGUCUAAGGCGACACAAAACGCCGUCGUUUCGGCCAGACUCUGCAAAUUCAAACAAGGGGCGAUAUCAUCAUCAGCAGCAGCAGCAGCAACAACAGCAACAGCAAUCAACGGCGUUUGAUUACUUUUGAGAGCGAGGGAGAGAUGUAGUGAGUAGUGAGCCACGUGGUGGAUCAUUGAUGCCUGAUUUUGUAAACGUAUGGGGACACAUGUAUAUUGGAGAUGGUAGUCCUAAUCACAACACCUCACUUGCCUUUUUGUUGCAA